UGAGCAGCAAUAUGGAUUCGUCACUUCAAAGCUUAUGCUUCUUCUUCCUUGCCCUCUACACAGCAGCAGCACUUCUGGGAAGUUUGUUGGAUACACCGAGUAUGGUAUCAAGACCGCCGCCUUUUGGAACGCAAACCCAGAUAUGAUUGAACAUUUCAGAAGUUUCAAGGAGUUGUACUGUAAAGGCAACGUUGAUAUCGACUAUCAGAACGCGCUCACAAAGUCAGUCAAGCCUUCCGUCAGACUUCACUCGCAGUCGCCUCCCGGUGGCCCGCAUAGCGCCAUGUUAGUGUGCAGCGUCUACGACUUCUACCCAAAGCACAUUCGGGUCACCUGGCAAAGAAACAGACAGGAAGUCACUUCAAACGUCACCUCCACUGACGAGUUGGCCGACGGAGAUUGGUACUACCAGAUCCACUCGCAACUGGUCUACACACCAAGGCCUGGCGAUAAAAUCUCCUGCGUGCUGGAACAGGAACUUCUAUGCACCAAAUGGGGCAACACAUCUCACACACCUGUCAGUCUGACUCAUCAAUACCUGUCGGUCACUCACCUGUCUGACUCUCGCUGUUAAGAUCCGUCACUCUCCAAGUCAGAGACCAACCAGUUGGUCAUUGGGGCAUCAGGACUGGUUCUUGGGCUGGUCUGGCUCCUGGGAAGCUUCUUUUAUUACCAAAGUAAGAGUUCAGGUAAGACUUGUGCUGCGGAAGCACUUUUUCCGCACAA